GUCAAACUGCAGCAUUGGAUAUUGUGCCAAUUUUCAAGCUACCACUGAGCUGCUGCAGACCCGUUUCUGCACCCAUGAAUAAUUGGACCUAACCUGUUAGUGUAAAGUGUUUGGACGGGAGUACUGUACAGUUUUUCUCUUGCUUUUGUAUAAUAGAAGUUUAGGAAUGAUUUAAUUUAGAAACAAUCUACCUGUCAACAGUUUUUCCGCCUUCUCCAAAAGUUCAUACGAGCUCUAAUUCUUUGGAUGCAAGAAGGUUUCAAAUCCCUUUUAGUUCCGCUUCACUUUCUUCCAACAAGAUUUCUUCUUCCGUGAUUCGUUUCCGAAAAUCAACGGAACUAAAUCGAGCUUCGGCCAAAUCCUUGUCCAGUCCUCCCACAAAUUUAUCUGAAGACGUUGGGGAGGUGAUUGGAGAAAUCAGUAUACUUCGUCCUACGGGUGAAACAGUAAUGUUUAAGCAGCUCUGGGAUCAAGCAGAGGGAGUAUCCGUUGUAGCACUUCUGAGGCAUUUUGGUUGCGUUUGCUGCUGGGAACUUGCAGCAGCACUCAGAGAUUCCAAACAAAGAUUUGAUUCUGCGGGCGUGAAGCUGAUUGCUGUUGGUAUUGGGUCGCCAAGAAAUGCCCAGAUUUUUUCUGGAAGGUUGCCUUUCCCGUGGGAGUGUCUGUAUGCUGAUCCUGAUCGCAAGAUUGGCUUAUAAUGCUCUAGGCUUGUACUAUGGGAUCGGCCGCACAUUUUUCAACCCAGCCAGUGCUAAAAUAUUUUCUAGAUUCAAAGAAUUACGAGAAGCGAACAAAAACUACACUAUUGAAGUCACCCCAGAUGAUAAAAGCAGUGUUCUUCAACAGGGAGGAAUGUUUGUGUUUAAAGGGAAGCAACUGGUAUAUGCACGGAAGGAUGAAGGGACUGGUGAUCAUGCCCCUUUGGAUGAUGUUUUUAAGGUCUGCCACGAAGUUAGUUGAUUGUAAGGAAUGUCUGCUAGAGUUUAUCCAUUAUUGUUCUUCUAGUAUAAUAAUAAUAAUACUCCUAUACCCAAAAAACUCACUUUUAACUAGUCAUUUGUAAAUAGCAAGGUUUGGGUUCUCCUAGCUUGUAUAUUCAGGAUACAUUCUCACCUCGGAUGCGCUUGUAAUUGUUCCGUAGGACAUGAGAAAACUGAGACGAGAUUGAAAAUCCACUAGCAAUAGUAAAUGUCAUUUGCAUGAAUAAUUAUGACAGAAUGAUGAAUUGAGAUAAUUUUGCCAAGUAUCAUAUCUGAUUUUUGGGAUGUAACCUCUAAUGGAA